UGAUUCAUUUUAUUUGAGAAAUAGGAGUCAAUGUGGAAAUCUUAGGAAAUUUAACUAUCUCUUUAUAUCUGAUUGCAUUUAUCGUACAUGCAAUACGAUCAGUUCCAGUAAUAAUAAAGUGUCUAUGUGAAUUUGGACGAAUGCCAAAAAUAUCCUUAAAAUGAGCUAUGUGCCAAGAAUGUGACAGCAUUUGAAAAGUUUCAAAACUGUGAUAUAAAAAUUAUCUAUAUUCCCUAUAAAAAUUAAUGUAGUUUAAGCAUAAAUAGAAACACUGGGUUGAUGGGAAAAAUAUGGCUUCUGAACCUAUAGUUGUUCAAGCUAUUUUCUCAUUCAAAGGAACCAACAAUGAUGAACUUUGCUUCAAGAAGGGAGAUAUUAUUACAGUUACUCAAAAAGACGAAGGAUGGUGGGAAGGGACAUUAAAUGGUCAAACUGGUUGGUUCCCUAGUAAUUAUGUUGAAUGUACCGAUGCUCCCAAACCUAAACCACACAAUAAUCAGUAUAAAAGUGUUGUCUUGAGGGAUUUAAUAGAUUCAGAAAAGGCUCAUGUAACAGAAUUGGAAGGACUUGUAACAAAUUUUUUACAACCACUUGAGAAAAGUUCAUUAUUAUCGGGAGAUGAGUAUAAGCAGUUAACUAGUAACAUCAAUGAGGUAUUAGAAACUCAUCAGAUGCUCUUGAAUUUAUUGGAAAAGGAAGAAUCAAAACCUGGGAAUGAUCAAAAAGUUGGGAAACUCUUUCUCAAUUUCGCACCAAAAAUUAAAAAUGUUCAUCAGACUUAUUGCUCUUUACAUCCAAGAGCUGUUUGUAUACUUGAUAAGUAUAAAGAAGAGCUGACAAAGUAUAUGGAAUCUAAGGGAGCCACAAGCCCAGGCGUUCUUGUUCUAACAACGAUGUUGAGUAAACCAUUCAGACGAUUGGAAAAGUAUGCUGGAAUGUUGCAAGAACUGGAGAGACAUAUUGAAGAAUUUCAUUCUGACAGAGGAGAUACCCAAAGAUCAGUUGCAAUCUUCAAAGAUAUUGCGUCUACAUGUGCUGCCACUCGAAGACAAAAAGAACUGGAAUUACAAGUAUUAACAGGACCCAUUCGGAAUUGGGAGGGUCCGAGUUUAUUAUCUUUUGGUGAAAUCAUUUAUAUGGGGUCUGUUGCUGUAGGACCCCAACACAACGAUAAGUAUUUUGUUCUGUUUCCUUCCUGCCUCUUGAUACUUUCUGUCAGUCACAGGUUGAGCGCUUUCAUCUAUGAGGGAAAACUGCCUCUAUCUGGUCUAUCUGUGACGAGACUGCCAGAUAGUGAUCAGUACAAGAAUGCUUUCGAAAUAAGUACCAGUAUGACUGAAAAAAAGAUUGCUGUUUGUCAAAGUAAGGACGAAGCAAACUAUUGGGUGGACCUACUCAAGAAACAACUGCCAAAAAAUUCUGCUACUAGUGACCUCAACCAAAAAGCAUCACCUUCUCAGGCUCAUUUUGUUCCACAACCUCCACCUCAUCUGAAUCUACGUGGGUAUUGCAACCGUUCGUCUGUUGUGAAUUUUAGACCCAAAAUAGACUACCAACUUAUACUACCUCCUGAAGAGUACCCCUCAGCAGCUCCCUUCGCCUCUUUGACUCGUUAUUUUCGAAAACUGGUGAAAGAAAAACUGAUAAACAGAAAUCUUUUGAAAAAACUGUUGUAUCCUGAAUACCUGAACAAAUUCAAUUUGAACUUAGUGAAAAUUCGACACCACCGUACAGAAUGUGUUAUAUUUACCAAAGAUGUCCACUUUAGAGACAGUAUUAUAAAUUGUGAUAGUGACAAUAACUCCAGUAGUGAAAGUGAUAAUAUUAGAAGUAAAAGAAAUAGAAGAGUUAAGAAGUCCCUUACAAAAUCAUCAUCAGAAGAUGACAGUUCAGACGGUAGUUCCAGUAACCCUUUUGGCUAUAUCCGUUAUUAUAAUCCACAAACAGGUUCUACAGCCAACUCUGAAACUCGAUAUGAGAGUUUUGUGGAUUAUGGGGAACCUGCCACAGAACCUAAAAUGGUUGAAGAAACAGAUAAAAAACAAAGUAUUGUUCUGACUUCAGUAGCUAAAAUCCGAUUGAAUAAACAAGAUUCUGAGAAUUCUGAUGCGAGCUCCAUGUAUACUUCCAAAGGGACAGCUUUCCAUGAUCUCACAAAUUUAAAAGCCAGCUUAGAGAUUGCUAAUGAUUUCAAAGCGCCACCUGUGUAUUUUCCUUCAACUAGGCAGAGUUGUCCUACAAAAAUGGUGGGGAAUAAGUUCAAUCAGUGCAGUCUGACUUAUCUUCCAAUUCCUUCAUACAGCAAUAGUGACAACAAUCUAACUUAUCCUGGAAAUAACAAUAAUGAUGAAAGAAUAUCAGAAGCUUCUAGCACAACCACACAUUCCUCAAGUUUGGAGCUCCCUGUGAAUACUAUACCUUUACCAGAUCCAAUGGUAGCAGAACUUUUAUAUAAUUUUGACCCAGAUGAUAUCCCGGUAGAGAAAAGAAAUAGUUUACGAAGAAGUCAAAGUAAUCACAAUAUAAGCGUCACAAAAACAUUAGUAGCACCACCUUCAAUGUUUCAAAAUGAGAUGGAAUUGGAACCAAGGGAAACGGCAACAUCCCUAAGUCUCCCAAUGAAAAACAUAGGUUUCAAAACGCAUAGUAUUAAUUCUGAUAAACCUAAACGAAGAUCUAGCGUUCAGAUAAAUCCAACUUCAAGCAAUUAUGAGUCCAAGGAAAAAGUGAGGAGAUGUAUAAGCACCCAAUUCCUUCAAAUGUCGAACAAGUUUAGAACUUCCAAGACAAGUUCAACAGGACCGGGAUCCCUGUGUGAAUUUUGCAUAGACAAUCUUCAUAGUCCACGAUCUUCAGAUUCUGGAAUGGCUAGAAGUUUUACGAUGUUAUCGCCUGAUCUAUCAAACGAUUUGCCAACUUGCUCAAAGGAUGGACUUUGCAGUUCUGAAAUGCAUAACCUGUUCCAGAAGUACAGCGAUUUCUCUAUGUUGAAUUCUGAUUCAAGGAAUGCGAUGUCUCCUACCGAGUUUGAUGCUUCAGAUUUUGAACUGCAAUGUCCUUGUAUGUCACCGUUUGGUUCUACGCCUAGAACUUCUUGCCAGACUUCUAUCUCAGAAAAUAUAGCUACUGGAUCGCAUGAUAGCCUGAGGAAAUCCGUUACAACUAGUAUCAAUUUAUGUACAGAUGGAUCUCCGUCUAGAAUUCAUUCCAAUAGUGUUCAAGUUUAUCCCGGUAGUAAUCGGGAAAGUUGUUCUUCGAAACGCGAUUCGAUGAGUGUCAAAUCUAGAUCUACUGGUAAUCUUCUGGACCCGGAAGCUGAGUUGGCGAAUGUGGAGUUGAGUGAGGAUGGUACUCCGAUGCUGUACUCCUCUGGUCUUUAUGCUCAUUGGUGGUUAAAGGCAAAGAUACCUGCUGAAGUUGUUAAGGGCAUUUAUAUGGACACUAGAUCGCCAACUACAGAUGUCUCCACUAGUAGCAGCAUCAAGCAUCUCAACUCGCCAAACAGGAAAAACAAACAAUAGACACACACCAACACCUCCUCCCCAUGGUAAUGUAAGCAGUAAUCGAUGUUGGUCAGCCUGUUGUCUAAGACCUUCUCCACCUUUACGUCUCUGUUUAACAAGGGGAAGCACAGUGAACGGACUCUAUAAUAGAUCGCACAAUAAACAUUUCUCUUUCAACGAAGACAGUCUUAUACUGGACGUGAUAAAUGCAUAUUGUAUGGUGAAACCCAGAAACACUGUUAAUUCGG